AUGGAAUCAUCCCGCAUCUUCAUCAAAGGCCUACCGCCUACCUUUUCGGAGGCGGAGUUCCGAAAGCACUUUUCGCAGGCUAAGCGGGAAGUCACCGACGUGAAAAUCUUCCCCAACAGAAGAAUUGGCUAUGUUGGCUACAAGACGCCAGAAGACGCGCAAAAAGCAGUCAAAUACUUCAACAAGACUUUCAUACGCAUGAGCCGUAUUGGUGUUGAGUUGGCCAGACCGAUUGAGGACUCAAAGAGCGCCAGAAGUCAUGGAAGCGCGCCGACUGCCCGACGCGACAUGGAAGGCGAUGACGCAGCCACAGGCGCAAACCUACUCAAGCGCAAGCGAGACGCUCCUCCCGAGGAGCAAGAUCCGAAGCUCAAGGAGUUUCUGGAUGUCUACAAGCCGAAGAGCAAGAAGAAUGCCUGGGAGCCUGAAGAUGUGGCCGUCCCAGUUGAUGCAAUGGCUGCGGAUGAUGUCGUCAUCCCAGUUGUCGCUGCUGAGGCACAGAGCGACGACGAGUAUGAGCAAGUACCAAAGAAGACGAAAAGGUCAAAACAGGAAGUCGGAUCUAUUGCUGCCGUGCAAAAGGAAGAGGCUCAGCCUGUGCUGGCGGAAGGAGGAUCUGAGGAGGUAGAGGACCCACCGAUACAGCAAAACCCCAAUGUACCUGUAUCAGACGCCGACUGGGCACGUUCAAGAACCAGUAGGCUGCUCGGCUUGCUUGAUGACGAUGAAGAGGAAGAAGCGACAGGAGGCGUCACAAAGCAAGGCUCCGACGUAUCAUCGGACGAUGAGAUGGAAGUCGACAAGCCGACGCAGCUUGUCGAGGCAACGCACAAGGCUCCCGAGCAGGUGGCAUCAAUACCCACCCCGCCUGCAGACGCCGGCUCCCCGAAUGAUGAACACGCCGACCCUGAGAUUCAAGCUGUCCGAUCUAGCAUGCGACUCUUCGUCCGCAAUCUGCCCUACGAUGCGCAGAAGGAGGACCUACAAGCCGAGUUCGCGCCAUUUGGAAGCCUUGAAGAUGUACACGUCCCUCUUGACCCUAAGACUGGAGCUGGCAAGGGCUUCGCAUACAUCCAAUUCAGCAGUCCGGAUGCCGCUGAGGCCGCCUUCAUUGAUCGGGACGGUCAAACCUUCCAAGGGCGACUGAUACACGUGCUGCCUGGUUCCGCCAGACGUGAGAACAAGUUGGACGAAUUUGAGCUAUCCAAGCUGCCACUCAAGAAGCAGCAGCAGAUCAAGCGCAGACGAGAAGCUGCGACGUCCACUUUCAACUGGAACGCGCUUUACAURAAUGCUGAUGCUGUAGUGUCAAGCGUUGCCGAGAAGCUUGGUCUCUCCAAGUCGGAAGUUUUGGAUCCAACCAGCAGCGAUGCCGCUAUCAAGCAAGCCCACGCCGAGACACACAUCAUCCAAGAAACGAAAUCAUUCUUCAAACAGCAAGGCGUAGAUCUAGACUCGUUUAAAAGAAGUCAACGCGGAGAGACCGCGAUUCUUGUAAAGAACAUUCCGUUUGACUGCAGCCGAGACGAGCUCAAGCGCUUGUUUGAGGAGCAAGGAGACGUCAAGAAAUUUCUCAUGCCGCCAGCUGGCACUAUUGCCAUUGUGGAAUUUCUGAACGCGGCUCAAUGCAAGGCUGCGUUUGCGGCACUUGCUUACCGAAAGGUGAAAAGCUCGGUUCUUUUCUUGGAAAAGGCACCCAAGGAUGUCUUCUCCGGCACUGCGACUGGUGAAGUCGCUGGCCAGACACGCGAUGGAGUAAGCAAAGUCUCCACAUCUGAUCUCAAAGAUCCAGACCAGCACGUUGCGGAGACUGGCGGGACUGCCACAUUGUUUGUGCGAAAUCUCAACUUCAGCACUACCAAUGCAGUGUUGACGGAGGCCUUCAACGCGCUCGAUGGCUUCUUGUCUGCUCGUGUCAAGACAAGGACAGAUCCGAAGAAGCCUGGACAAAUCCUGAGCAUGGGCUUCGGAUUCUUGGAGUUUGCCAGCGCCAGACAAGCCCAAGCCGCCUUGGAAGCCAUGGAUGGCCAUCUACUGGAAGGCCAUAAGCUGCAGAUUCGUGCAAGUCACAAAGGUGCUGAUGCUGCAGAAGAUCGUAAAAAGGCAGAUGCUGCGAAGAAGUUGGCCGGACAGCGCACCAAGGUCAUCAUCAAGAACUUGCCGUUUGAAGCGACCAAGAAAGAUGUGCGCGCUCUCUUCGGCGCAUAUGGCCAAUUGCGCAGUGUUCGCGUGCCAAAGAAGAUGAAUAGUGCCGCUCGUGGGUUUGCAUUUGCGGAUUUCACGACCGUCAAGGAAGCGCAAAGCGCAAUGGAUGCGUUGAAGGACACUCAUCUGCUUGGUCGCAGACUUGUUCUCGACUUUGCUUCUGAGGAUCCCGAGGACGCUGAGGCCGAGAUUGAAAGGAUGCAGCAAAAGGUUGGCGCACAAGUCAACAAGGUUGCACUGCAGAAGCUCACCAGUGGUGGGAGGAAGAAGUUCACCACUGCGAACGAGGAAGAGGAGGGUUAG